AGAAGAUAUUAGGCACUUUGCACUGUUCCUGACAACUGCUCUUCUUUCCUGCACUCCUAAAACCUCUGAUUUGUGCUCUCUGCUUUCUUGUUGCCAUGGAGAAGGUCCAACACAUAACCCGCUCUGCUCUAAGGAGAGCCUCAACUAUUGAGGUCAACCCACAAGCACGCCAAAGGCUCCAAGAGCUCUUUGUCAAUUUCUGCCUGAUUUUAAUUUGCCUCUUGCUGAUCUGUAUCAUUGUGAUGCUUCUCUGAAGUUCCAGCCCUCCUCUGCACUGUCCUCUAGAAAAAUCAUCCCAGGGGGAAGAGAGACAUACACCCGCAACUCCCAGCACAAGGAUCCUCAU